AUGGAAGUGGAAAAGAGCAGCAAGAGGAGUUGCUUCACUCAGACCUCCUGUUUGGGUGAAGAUUUAGGUGAAGACUCGCAGCUGGAGUAUCUCAGUGCUUAUGAGGAGUGUGAGGAGGAUAAGAACAACUCGAGUGAGUUUUCUGAGCAGGGGGAGGUUGAAGAAAUGAAGAAGAUGCCACUGAUUGGUGACAAGGUGCCACCCCAAAUCAGGGCAGGGGAUGAAGAGUCUGGAAAGAGCAAAAGACCCACCCACAGCGUGGCAGUGGAGCCAGACAUUCCUUUCCUGCCACCCAGGGAAAAGGCCCGACUCUGCAAAGGUGCAGAGCCCUCCGAUUUCAGCAGCUGUGAAAAACCUGCGGUGUGCACACAUGGUGCCAGCAGCACUGACAGCCCUGCAGAGCAUGCUGAAACCCAGCUCCCAGUCCCUGAAAUCCCCCCUAGCAAGAAUCCUGUUGCUGGUAUGGAAGCUGCAGAUAAAUCCUCUGGUGGGAGCCCCGGUGCUGUGGAGUCAGAGCAGGGGGAAGCCCUGACGAGUGUUCCCGGUGUGUCUGCAGCUGUGCAGGCUGUGGAUGCUGGCUCUGAUUCUGGCUUCCCAAGGAGCAGAGGCAGCAGUGCCCAGGUCUGUCUCUGCUCCAGGGCAGUGAACACAGAAGUAACCAUGAUGAACAAAACUCGACCUGUGGGGUGGCUGGGUCAAACCUCCGUGGAUGCUGCUUCCAACACAGAGUGGUCCUUCAGAGCUUGGAGCUCACACAUGCAGCAGGAAUCAAAAGAUCAUCUGUGUAUCUGUGACUGGAAGACAGGCACCAACAGGCCAGAACAUCCCAACAAGCAAACUGGGAAGAAUUCUACAUCAGGCUGCUGUCAGAACGUCCUGCAGAGAGCAGCUGAAGCAGAGCUGCAGCUCCUGGCCAUCCAUUACAAGAUGUGCUUCCAGCACUGCUUGAAGGUUUAUGAGCUGGCUUCAGAGGAAAUCACUUAUUUUGGGAGAUGUGAGGAAAAGUCCAAGUUAUAUUCGUCUCUCCUGUUGGUUUUGGAUGAGCUGGACAAUAAUUACAGCAAUAUGAGAACGGAAUUAAACAUGGGCAUACCUUUAAAUGAACUUCCACCACUGUCAGUUGAGCUGAAGUUUUCCCCAAUCUCUUCCUUUUACGUCCCCUCCAAGUUUCUCAGGAAAAGUGUUUACUCUGAUGAUCUUUCAGGUGAAGGGAAAGCUGACUCUGAAGACCCAAAAUCUCAAGAAAAGGGGAUUUCUGUCAAUAUGGACAAGUUACAGACUGAUGGUGAUCAGCCAGGUGACUCUGCCUGCCCUGAGACAUGGGAAGAACAACCUAAAGAUCAGGCUCUGGAACGUGGCUGUGUGAAAAAUGAGGAAGGGAGUGAGUAUUGGUUUGAUGCUAAGGAAGACUUGUCAGUGGCAGAUAUUUCAGUAAUGUGCAGAGAAAUGAAAAAGCAACAAGGAAAACAAGACUCGAUUGACUCAAGAGAAAUGAAGACAGUGGGGAGUGGGAAUGAGCAUUCUUCUGUUCAUGUUGGUGGCCUAAAACCCUCAGUGCCUGAGGAGCCUGGGGAAAAUUCCCUGCAGAAAACAUCCACUUGUCCCUCUGUCAACCCAUCUGGUAUCUUUGUUUCUCCUUAUGCACUGAACUUGAGCAGCUUUACCAAGUUAAUAAAGAGACUUCAAGAAAGGCAUCCAGAGUUUAGCAGAGCUGAAAUUGUGGAAGCUGUGCAGGAGGUGAGGAAAAUCAACAAAGGUGUCCUGAGUGGCUUGGCCAUUAGUUCUAUCGAGGAAAAGACCUCUGCCAUUCUGAGGAGAUCGAUGCCUCUGGGCUGCGAGGGGGAGAGGGCGAUAAGGAGAGCCCGGGCUCCAUCCCAGGGGAGCGGAUCCCCCUCGUUCCCCCCGCGCUGCCGCCGGGAGAGCGGGGCGGGAGCGGGGCCGGGCCCGCCCCUCCCCUCUGGCAGCGCCGCGGGCGCGGAGCCCGCCCGGCCCCGGGAGCGGAGCCGCUCCUGCCGCGGGGCCAUGGCCCUGCUCCCGCGGCGCUUCCUCUGCUUCGUGCUGGCCCAGCACUUCAUCGCGGCCACGGCGUGCCAGGAGGCCGACUACGGCUGGAUGAUCCGGCACUACUGCCUCAAGCAGUUCCAGCUCAGCAUGGAGGGCAUCGGCCAGCGCCUCUGGUGUGACUGGGACGAGACCGUGGGCACUUACGGGGAGCUGACGAACUGCACGGCUCUGAUCGCCGAGAGGCUCGACUGCUACUGGCCCAACCGGCUGGUGGACGAAUUCUUCGUGGCCGUGCACAAACAAUACUUCAGGAACUGCUCCCCGUCGGGCCGGGCGCUGCACGAUCCCCCGAACGGUGUCCUGUGUCCCUUCAUCGUGCUGCCCGUCCUGGUCACCCUGCUGAUGACAGCGCUCGUGGUGUGGAGGAGCAAACGCAGCGAGGGCAUCGUGUAGGGCCGGGGCGGGCGGCUCUGCCCCGGAACGCGCCGGCUGUUUGGGAAGAGCCUGCCAGAGGAGCAGCACGGAGGGUACCGAGCUUCGGAGGCAGGGACAGCAUCGCCACCGCUCCUCCUCCGCGGCUGUGCCCCGUGGUUUCCAAAUAAAUGGCAUUUAAGCGAUGGUUGUCGGGCAGAACGGGCUGCCCGGGGAGCGCCGCUCAGCCCGCACCGGCGCUGCCGAGCCCUGCUCCGCCUCUGCCGGCCGCUUCCCCCCGGGAUCCCCUGCCAAGCAGGAAAAUUUUCAAGAUAAAAAAAAAACAAACCCGAGGGGGUGUGGGGAGUUGAAAUCCUGCCGGGCCUGCAGUGGUAGUGCGGCAUCAACACACGUGCGGUCAGCGAGUCUGGGUGCGCCUGAACAUCCUCGGCUUCCUCUCCGUCCGAGAAAGGAUUCCCCCACACGAGGAAAGGGAUCUUCUCCCCCAGCCCCCUGCACAAGGCCGGGGUUUGCACGAGCUGGGCUUUGCCUGGGAGCCGGGGAACUACGGGGAGAGGUCGGCGGUGGGAGCGGGUGGGGCCCUGGGGCUAACGAGGAACGGGAGUAAGGUGCUUUUCCUACCUAAGUAAAUAAAUACAUGAAUAAACCAGGUGACUGUCUCGGUGAAGGCUGAGGUGGAACCUCCCCCUCAGUGCCCUCAUUCUGUGAUGGCAGAGAGCCCCAAGAGUGCUGCCCCUUUGCCAUGAGCACGGGGUGGGGCAGUGGGGUCCCUGGGGAGGUUCCUGGGCGUGGGUGGCCAGGUCCAGG